CUCCAUAGCGAUCCGCGGAGUGCUGUGGCGGUGGGAGUUCGCCGGCGCCAUGGUGGAGGAAGUCCAAAAGCAUUCUGUGCAUACACUUGUGUUCAGAUCUUUGAAGAGAACCCAUGAUAUGUUUGUAGCUGAUAAUGCCAAGCCUAUCCCAUUAGAUGAAGAAAGUCACAAAGUAAAGAUGGCAGUCAAGCUGCGUACAGAGUACGGCUCAGUGUUACACAUGCCUACGCUUAAAGAAAACUUGAGAGAGAAAGGAGGCCCAAACACUGGGGAUCCUUAUGGACACAAACAGUAUUCUGGAAAUCAAGGACAAGAACUUGAGUAUUUGAUAACUGGUACACAUCCAUACCCACCUGGGCCCGGUGUGGCUCUGACAGCAGAUACUAAGGUCCAGAGGAUGCCUAGUGAAUCUGCAGCCCAGUCCUUAGCUGUAGCACUUCCUGCUUCUCAGUCCAGGUUGGAUGCAAAUCGGACAGCUGCUGGUGUGGGUGAUAUUUACAGGCAUGCUGGAAUAUCUGAGCGUUCGCAGCCUCCUGGGAUGUCUGUGGCUAUGGUGGAAGCUGGUGGAAACAAAAAUUCUGCAUUAAUGGCAAAGAAGGCUCCAACCAUGCCCAAACCUCAGUGGCAUCCACCUUGGAAACUGUACAGAGUUAUCAGUGGUCACCUGGGCUGGGUGAGAUGUAUUGCAGUAGAACCAGGAAAUCAGUGGUUUGUUACUGGCUCUGCUGACAGAACCAUAAAGAUUUGGGACCUUGCUAGUGGCAAAUUGAAGUUGUCUCUGACGGGACACAUCAGUACUGUACGAGGGGUGAUAGUAAGUGCAAGAAGUCCAUACCUCUUUUCUUGUGGAGAAGACAAACAAGUGAAGUGCUGGGAUCUUGAAUACAAUAAGGUUAUCAGACAUUACCAUGGUCAUCUAAGUGCUGUCUAUGGUUUAGACUUGCAUCCAACAAUAGAUGUCCUGGUAACAUGUAGCAGAGAUUCAACAGCACGAAUUUGGGAUGUAAGGACGAAAGCCAGUGUGCACACACUAUCAGGACACACAAAUGCCGUAGCGACAGUGAAGUGCCAAGCUGCAGAACCACAAAUUAUUACAGGCAGUCAUGAUACUACCAUACGGCUCUGGGAUUUAGUGGCAGGAAAAACUCGUGUUACUUUAACAAAUCACAAGAAAUCUGUAAGAGCAGUAGUGCUACAUCCAAGACAUUACACGUUUGCAUCUGGUUCUCCAGAUAAUAUUAAGCAGUGGAAAUUCCCAGAUGGAAAUUUCAUUCAGAACCUCUCUGGUCACAAUGCUAUUAUCAACACACUGGCUGUAAAUUCCGAUGGUGUUCUGGUCUCAGGAGCUGAUAAUGGUACUAUGCAUCUUUGGGAUUGGAGAACUGGAUACAAUUUCCAGAGAGUACAUGCAGCUGUACAGCCAGGCUCUUUGGACAGUGAAUCAGGAAUAUUUGCUUGUGUUUUUGACCAGUCAGAAAGCAGAUUGCUAACUGCUGAAGCUGAUAAAACCAUAAAAGUAUACAAAGAAGAUGAUACUGCGACUGAAGAAACUCAUCCUGUCAGCUGGAAACCAGAAAUUAUCAAGAGAAAGCGGUUUUAGUGCGGCAGCAUAGUUACGCUGUAAUUUUGUUUUGGCUUUCCUGAGAGCAUUCAGUCACUUUUUGUUCUGCCUAGAACAGCAGAGCAGGAAGUCAGCUAAGUCAUUGCUAUUUCAACAUGUUUUAUAAUAAAUUUUAUUUCUCUUUC